AUGGAGAUUGAAGUUCGCAUGGUGCUUUAUGAAGAUGAUUCUGUAGAAGUACAUUAUGUUGAUGGCUCCAAAUUACAGCUUUCUCCAUGUGGUUCUGAAUACCUAUUUGAAAAGGCACCUCCUAUUUCAGCACACCCUUUGCAGCAACCAGAAAGAGUUCGUCAAAGGACCCAAUUUGUUAUUAGUAAUUACAGAGAACAAUUACUGCGGGCUCUAGAUUUUAGAAAUUGCUUUUCUAGUCGUCCUUUUUUACCUGAAAGCAUCAUACCUUCUGAAAGAAAACAGUCUGUCUUCACUAAUAUCUCAGAAGUCAGGUGGCCCAGUCACGAUACUCAUAAUGCAGUGAUAUCUCUGGAUGAUGGCACGGUGAAGAUUUCAUCUUUAGAUGGUUAUGCUUCUCUUUGCCUACCGAAAGAGCAACAUGAAUUUACUAUACAGUUUUUAUGCAAGAUCAGCCAAAGGUCUCACUCACUAAUGGUACUAUCAGAAGAGAAGAGUAAUAAUUUAAAGAAAGUGGAUAAACACUGUGGAAAAGCAAGCAAAAACUGUAUGUUUAGAACAACUCCUGUUGGACAGAGUUUGAAGAAUAAGGAAAAUGAUUCAUAUUGCCAUAUCACCAAAUCCAAGGAAGUAUUAGGGGCAAAUAAAUUUGUAAAUGGAUCUGAAGGGAAAGAGCUGGCACCUUUGUAUCACAAGAAAUACACAUUUGUGUACAUAUGGGUGAAGCAGUGCUGGUCUGUGGACUCCUGUCCAGAAGAAUGGAAAUACCCUUUAUCUCUGGCACUUAACUUUCUUCAUAAACUUAAUAACACGUUGAAAGCUGAUCAGACUGCUAGCCAGGUUACAGUCUUAGCAUCUGGUAUUUCAAAGGAGGGUGACGAGGUUUCUGUUCUUCCCAGAGCUCUUCCCCUCAGCUGUCAUAAUCCACAUUUGCACAGGUGGAAUUUCUCUGAUUCAUCUUUACAGGAACAAGAAUACACCUAUCCUGAACUAAUAAAAGUAGUGUGGUAUAAAGGUACUGUAUUUAGACUUACUCAUGAAACUGUGAACUCAAUACAAAUUUUCCCUGGUGAUGGAUCCAUUCUCAAAUCAGAAGGAGCUUUUUGGGGGAACUAUUUCACAUUGUCUUCAGUACACAAAGGAUCAGAACAAAGAGAAGAGAAAAUGUAUUCAAUACAAAAUCUUCCUCUGGAUCGACCAGGUAGUCCAUAUUCUGUGCGUUCCCUUAUUAUACAGGCUACCAGAAUUCUUCAACAUUGUGUCAAAACUAGACUUUCCUUAAGCCAUAACUAUAAUAUAUGCUGCUGGAAAAUGGUUUCUGGAUCAAAUGAAGGGAACAUACCAGUACUUUUGAGAGAAACCCUUAUUCCCAUGAUAGGAAGAUUUUUUGUAUACUCUGAUGAUAAAGUAUAUGCUAUCUUUUUGGAUGGCAUUUCCCUAAGCCUAAUUUGGAACUUUGGAAAGAGACAGGUAAAUCAAGGAGUCACUUUAGGUUGGUGUAAAUUAACUCUUCCAGAUGGACAAGAUCAGUUAAUUCAAAUUGAACAUCCUGGACAAUUUGAAAGGUAUGUGAAAGCAGUAAUAGAUUGGUGUAGGAGUCUGACUCGGGCCAAUCCACAGGAGAUGUUCACAUGUCCUCCAUCAUCAUCCAUUACUGAAGAAAACUGGUCUGUUACCUCUGAACUUGAAAAAAUACAGAAAUUUAACUUUUUACUGGAGAAUGACAGCAUCCUAAAUCAGAUUUCUAUUAAGAAAACUGAGCAGUCAUCUUCUGAUGUUUCCAGAUCAAGAUCUUCAGAACCCUGGAGCUCUUUUGAAGAAGUUAAUAAAAAGAGUGUAUCUAUAGCAUUGAAAAAAACCUCUGAAAUUCUCCGGGAUAUUGAAUCUCUUCUAGCCUGUUCCAAAAAGUAAAAAAAAAAUGUUUUCAAAGUUAAGGUUUUUGAACUGUGUCAGACUCUUAAGGUUAUAUUUUAUUGGUACAAAUGACUAUCCGUAAUAGAAUUAUCUGUAUACAAAAUUAUCAUUAAAAUAAAAUGAGAAAACUUGUUCCUCUUGAGCUAGCUGUUCAGACAUAGUGUGAAAAUUUUCUAGUUUAAUGUCAAUGUAUUUCAUACAACUUAUACAUAUUUUUGUUUCAGUGUGCUACUUAAUGUAAGUUAAAAUUUGGAAAUGCAUUUUUUAAAGUAAUCAUGAAUAGCAUAUUGCUUCAAGAAAUAAAAAACUUUGAGAAUAACCAGUA